AUGACCUCGAAGAUUAUCCCCGCGAAGCCCAUCGGCUAUGAGUGGCGAUCCUCGCGCCUGUUCAUUGUGGCAGUCAUCUCCCUCGCCAUGUUCGCUGACACCUUUCUCUUCAGCUUUAUCAUCCCCAUCCUACCCGACAUCCUCCAGGGCCGACUUCAGCAGCCCCCGUCGCACACGCAGCUCCUCACCUCCAUUCUCCUGUCCUUGAACGCACUGGUCUCGAUCCUCAUCGCUCCAUUCACCGGCCAUUUAGCGGAUGGCUCCAAGUCGAAGAACCAGUGGAUGGUGAUCUCAUGGGUAACCAACGCAGUCGGCACAGCCAUCACAGCAUGGAGCACGACGCUAACCGUUCUCUUCGUCGGCCGAUUCAUUCAAACCCUCGCCGGGUCAGUUAUCUGGAUCGUCGGCAUGGCCAUUCUGGGGGAUACAGUGGGAGCAAAACAUCUGGCCAAAGCCCUGGGUUUGACCAUGCUGUUCGUGUCCGCGGGGUUACUCAGUGGCCCGGCUGUGUCGGGGUUACUCAGUGGCCCGGCUGUGUCGGGGUUACUCAGUGGCCCGGCUGUGUCGGGGUCUCUCUACCAGUUCGUUUCGUACUCGAUGACCUGGGCGAGUGCAUUCGCCGUGAUACUCGUCGGGACAGUCCUGCAACUUCUCAUUAUUGGACCCCUUAACUACGACAUGCGCAUUGAGGGCUCCUCCCCAGAAGAAUCAGAGAUUCAAUCCCCCUUGCUCUCCGCUUCACCUGGCUCCGAGAGCAUAGCUUACCAGACAAUCGAAGAACUUACCUCCCUCCCCACCCAAAACGUCUACACCCUCAUGCUGCGCAAGAAAAGGGUGAUUACAGCACUGAUAGCAGACACCCUCUUCGCAAUCAUCAUCGCCAGCUUCGAGACCACGAUCCCCAUCCACAUCAAAGCCAUCUUCCACUGGGAGUCUCUCCAAGCGGGACUACUGUUCCUGCUUCUGCAGGCCCCAUCGAUGCUCCUCGAUACCAACCGGGUGAUCUACAUCGUUACGCUACUGGCGAUAGGAGUCUGGCGGGCUUUGUUAUUGGGGUUCGGGGCUGUCGAGGUGUUGCACGGCGCCAACGAGCUUUCGCAUGAGUAUCCAGGCAUCUUCGGGCCGCACGGCGGGUACUCGCGCUCGUUCUCCAUGUCCAACAUCAGUUGGAAGCUGGGAAUGUUUGUAGGGCCGCUGGUCUCGGGGACCUUGACGGAGAAGAUGGGAUAUUACCAGAUGAACUUGGUUCUAGCAAUGAAUGAAACCCAUGUGAUAGCUCUAGCCGGCGGCAGCGGCGACCUGGGCCACUACCUCCAGGCAGAGCUCAUCAAGGAUCCCCGCUACAGCGUCGUGAUCCUCACGCGGCAGGUAGGGCUUCCAUCCCACUCCUAUCUACGCCAUUGCACCUUUCCACAAUCUUCCCAACGCUAUUCACCUAUCAAUGCUCAGUCAACCAGAAGACUAACAACAAAGGCCGAUCUUCCGACCCCAACCUCUGACAGAGUAACCACCCAAACAACAGACUACACUCUCCCCUCCCUCCUACACAUCCUCCGCACUACGCACACCACAGCCCUAAUCUCCCUCCUCCGCUGCCCAGACGAGGACUACCUUCCCCUUCACACCAGCCUGCUCAAAGCCUGCCAGCUCACCGAAACCUGCACCCGCUUCAUCCCCUCCGAAUGGGCCGGGGACAUCGAGUCCUUCCCCGCGCUCCCACGAGCAUACGGCCGGACUCGUCUUCCGUUCCGGGAGAUUCUUGCCCAGCAGGCAGGCUCCCAGACAUCUGAUGCCCUAUCCCACCCAGUAAGGAAGAUAGAGUAUACACUGUUGAACCACGGCUGGUGCAUGGAAUACUUCCUCCCCGCCCACAAGUCCCACCGAAGGUGUAUGCCCGGGGAGUUUCCGAUCGAUCUCGUCGAGUGGAGCGGGUGCGGUCGACCCUUCGAACGAAACUAUCGAUCAAAGGAGGACAUCGAAACCACGAUCAAGCAGUACGAAGACCGGCCGGAGAGUCUGGAGCUGGCCAUUGCUGAGGCGGAGGAAUGGACCAUCAGCGGGGCUACUGCCUGUCCGAAGGAGAAGACCCUGCGGCAGCGCGAGAAGUUCUUUGCCGGUAUGCAUUUCACUACUGUACAGGAGCUGCUGAACAGGGCGGAGGUGGAAGAGCGGGUGUAA